GGUGAAAUACAGACCAGGAAGGAGUGUUUUAACCACGUUCACUAAACUGGCAGCACCCUCUCCAGCCCGCCCGCCCCGACGCCACCGUCUCUCGCCGGACCCCACACGCUCCUUCAGAACGUCGGUUAACCGCACGCCUCCCACCCAAACCACCCUUUACUAGAAAUGGUGUGAAGAAAAACAAUGACACUUCAAUGGGCGGCAGUUGCAACUUUUCUUUACGCUGAAAUAGGACUCAUUUUAAUCUUCUGUCUACCUUUUAUUCCUCCUCAGAGAUGGCAGAAGAUAUUCUCCUUUAGCGUUUGGGGUAAAAUUGCAAGUUUCUGGAACAAGGCUUUUCUUACUAUUAUAAUCCUAUUGAUUGUUCUGUUUCUAGAUGCUGUGAGAGAAGUAAGAAAAUAUUCCUCGACUCAUACUAUUGAAAAGAGCUCAGCCAACAGACCUGCUGCCUAUGAACAUACACAAAUGAAACUCUUCAGGUCUCAAAGAAAUCUUUACAUUUCUGGAUUUUCAUUAUUUUUCUGGCUGGUGUUGAGACGUCUGGUUACCCUUAUUACUCAGCUGGCAAAAGAGCUGUCAAACAAAGGAGUACUUAAACGUCAAGCAGAAAAUAUUAACCAGGCUGCCAAAAAAUUCAUGGAAGAAAAUGAAAGACUGAAACGGCUCUUGAAAAACUAUGGCAAGGAAGAAGAACACGUUUUGGAAGCAGAAAAUAAAAAACUAGAAGAAGACAAAGAAAAACUGAAAAUUGAAUUAAAGAAGGCUUCAGAUGCCCUUUCUAAGGCACAAAAUGACGUGAUGAUAAUGAAGAUGCAAUCAGAGAGACUUUCAAAAGAGUAUGACCGGCUCCUGAGAGAACACUCAGGACUUCAGGAUCGUGCAGGGAAAGACAAGAAAUGCCUGUGAACCCUGUGGAAGGAGAGUGUGAGUGCACCAGGCCAGGGGGACGUGUCAUCACGCCAGCCUCCAGGAAGCUUAAAACUCAGCUCAGAAAACAUACUGUGGCCAGCAGUAUUUUUUUAAUGCCACACACAUAGACUUAUCAGAAUGGCAUUAUCACAGUAUUGAUGAUGUUUCAGAUAUAUUGUAAAGCCUGUAUUCCAGCUCUUAAAUAAAAUAUAAGCAUGUUAAACACCUUAUUUAGAUACUGAUAGUAACACUGGUGUAUGGUGGCUGAAAGAGUGAAACAUGAAAACAGUGACCUUAAGUGCUUUUUUUUAAGCCUGAUGGUACUAGUUAACUCUUUUAAGACAGCUGUAUUGAUAAUUAUAUUUUCAGUAUUGUGUUUCUGCACCUGUUAAAUUAUUUUUGUUGACAUUUGUGUUAAUACAUAAUUAGUAGGCAUUCUGCUUCUUUAAUGUUCAUCUGGGAAUGGAGUUUACAUCUAUUUGCAUAAUUGCCAUAGCACUGAACUGAAAUUAUUUUACAACAAUGUGGAAUUCUUGAGAUAGAAAGUUUAUGUAUAAUGUAUCCAAAAAGCAGUGUUUCCCAUUGCUGUGAGAGUUGCUAAUUAUACAGAUAUUACCUCAUAUAUAUACACACUGGUGUCACAGUUUCUCUGAGGUGUUUCUAUUUUCUGAAAGCUACAUAUUAAAUACUAUUUUCCAUUCAUAUAUUCAUUUAGUUUCCUUUAGGAGAGGAUGAUUGUUAUAUUAAUGUGAUUUAGGUUGCUCCAGUGUUUAGACUUGAAAGCUAUCUUCCUUGUUUCUUAAAGACCUAGAUAUAAAAGAAAAUGAAAAAUAAUUACUGGACUCUUUACUUCCCUGAUGUUUGUUUUAUCCUUUGUUAUGAUCAUUUUAGCACCAACUUCAUGCAUAAUUAGUUUUUUUCAUUGUAACGUGGCAAGUACAUAAGAAAUGAGCAAGUACAUAAGAAUUUUAUUUCAGAUAAAAGGAGUUACUGCUAGAAAACAGACAUGUAGGAGACAUUUAACAAAGUAAGAAAUGGGAGUUAGGCCAUAUGGGCUGACAGAACCAUAAAUAACAAGGCAAGGGAAUGCUGACAGAGGAGAGAACUGAACAAGUAGCAACUUAAAAAUAUCAAAGUGCCAGCCUACCAGAGUGAGAUAUAGAUUGUGUGUAUUUAUGAUCUUGGCCUAGUCAACAAAUCAAGUCUAAUGACAGAAUAACAUACAGAAAAAUAGAAAUUACACAGCUUUAGAACUGACAGAACCAAAUAAUAAUCCUAUUCUCACCACUAAUUUAGCCAUCGGAUUUUGCACAGAUAAAUCAAACUUGCUAGAUUUCCAUUUCCUUAUCUCUGAAAUGGGAAUCAUAACAUUUAGAUCGGGAUUAAUAUAUAAACUGAGAUAACACAGUGAUUCUCAAAAGUUGUGCAGACUGUACAGGUGCUCUUUGAAGGGCAUAAGGAUUUGAAAGAUUCCCAGAAAGCACUUUAUUCAAGUAGUCUUGGUCCUCAUCUCAAUUGUACAGGUCUGCAAACAGUCCUCAAAAGUGUAUGCAGUUUUCCCAAGUUAACAUGAGUAGUUAGAUCCAGGGCUAGGAUUUGAGUCUAGAAUUUAGGUGUCCUGGUUCCCGAGAUACUAUUCCAGUUUUUAUACACAAAUUAGCUAUAAUUUGCUAAAUAAAAUACUGCCAUGUACUAACCAAGGAUUGGACCAUG